CUCGCAGGCGGCCUGGCGGCGGUGGCACCAUGGGGACUCCGACUCUGUCCCCGACCUGGCAGCUGUAUCUCAUGGAGCACCGCAUCUCCACCUUCAAGAACUGGCCCUUCCUGGAGGGCUGCUCCUGCACCCCCGAGCGGAUGGAGGAAGCCGCCUUCAUCCACUGCCCUACCGAGAAAGAGCCUGACUUGGCCCAGUGCUUUUUCUGCUUUAAGGAGUUGGAAGGCUGGGAGCCAGAUGACAACCCCAUGCAGGAGCAUAAAAAGCACUCGCCUAAGUGUGCCUUCCUGAUUGUCAAGAAGCAGUUUGAAGAACUGACCCUCGGUGAAUUUUUGAAACUGGACAAAGAAAGAGCCAAGAACAAAAUUGCAAAGGAGACCAACAGCAAGCAG